CUUUUUAUACGCAAACCGACUCCGUUUCUCCUUGGCCUGCUACUGUACGUACGUACAUCAUCAUCAUCAUCAUCAAAAACAUGAAGCAAAUUCCGCUGACCUGUUCCGGCCAUACGCGACCCGUCGUGCAUUUGGACUUCAGCGGCCAGACCGAAUGUGGAUACUUUCUUAUCUCCGCGUGCAAAGAUGGCAAACCAAUGCUGCGGAUGGGCGACACCGGCGACUGGGUCGGAACGUUCGAGGGCCACAAAGGUGCGGUGUGGGGUGUGGCACUGAACGAAUCGGCCACGCUUGCCGCGUCCGGUGCGGCUGACUUUACCGGCAAAAUUUGGAACGCGGUCACGGGCGAAGAGGUGCACAGCCUGCAGCACAAUCAUAUCGUCAAAACGGUAGCGUUUAGUCACGACAGCCAGUACCUGGUCACGGGCAGCAACGAGAAGCUGGUACGGGUGUUCGAUCUGAACUCGGACGGUAAGGCGCUGGAAUCGUACGUCGGUCAUGCCGGGGCAGUUAAGCGUGCACUGUUCUGCCGGAACGAGCAGUGUGUCAUUAGCUGUGCGGACGAUAAAUCGAUGCGGCUGUGGGACCGUGCGACGGGCCAGGAGGUAUCGCGGGUCGAGUUCGCUUCCCAUCCGAACGGGCUCGAGCUGUCGAAGGACGGUAGCAUUCUGACGGUGACGUACGGCAAUUGUACCGCAUUUUACGACAUGGGAACGUUGACGCAGCUGAAAGAGAUCACCAUUCCGACGCGUGUCAGUUCCGCGAGCUUGCAUCCGGACAAGCACAUCUUCGUGUGCGGUGGCGAAGACUUUAAGAUGUACAAGUACGACUACAUUACGGGCAACGAAAUCGAAUCGUUCAAGGGUCAUUUCGGACCGGUUCACUCGGUGAGCUUCAGUCCGGAUGGUGAGCUGUACGCUAGCGGGUCCGAGGACGGUACACUACGGUUGUGGCAAACGACCGUCGGUAAAACGUACGGCCUGUGGAAGUGUACCGAACCGACCGAUCUAAACAAUUCAACCACCAGCAACAACAACGUCCCAAACACGCCGGGUAGUGUGACUCCGACGCCGAACAGUAAUGCGGCUGCCGUAAGCUGCCCGCCCGUAUCGGCCGCGGCACCGGUAACACCGACACCAAACGCUAACCGCGAAGUAACGGCCAACUGAACCGGAGUGCAGUAAAAAGC